CCAAGAGUGCAGUUGAAAAAGAAAAUCGAUCUAGCGUGCUGAUUGCAAUAAUAAUUAUUAACAAUUGAUAUAUUUAAUUUAAUUGCAUAACGAACUAGUUUCAAUCGGAAUAAUUCGGUCAUAACUCAUUUUUUUUACAAGGAGAUCUACCUGUAAUACUCGAACGUCAAAAAAAUGACUUCCGUUUCCACUUUUGUGAUAUGUUUAUCGUUAAUCGUUUGUGUCAUUCCCGUGAUUUUUUCCGAGUCGACUUCCGAUGAAGAAGAAACUUGGGUUCCCAAUCCUGAGGUCGAGUUGCCUCCAUCGAUGAUAAUUUGUCGUCGUGACGCGCCAUCGCAAGAACGAAAUGAGUGCAUCAAAAAUAGCAUCAAGUCGCUUUUGCCAUUAUUACGAGAUGGUUACGAGCCACUUGGCAUCACGCAUUUCGAUCCGUACAAAGUAAAAAAGACCAUAAUUGAGUUCAAUACCGGCACAAUUUUCUCCAAAUCUGUCAUGAAAGAUGCUCUCAUUUCGGGUUUCAGUCGUUCGCAGGUGAAAAAUGUCCGAACCAAAGUCAAUGAUCGCAAGAUGUACAUUGAGCUCGAUGCAAAAGUGCCACAAAUAGCAACGGAAGCGAUGUACAAAGGCUCUGGAGGCUUCAACGAGUUGCGAAUUACCUCAAGUGGCUGGAUGAAAGUCGUUAUGACCAAAGUCACGGGAACGUGGAAAUUUCUCGGAGAAAUCGAAACAAUCGACAAUGAGGAUUACAUGAUCUUCAAGAAAUUCGAUUUGGAUAAUUUGCAAAUGAAGGGAAUGAGUAUCAAUGCAACUGGAUUGUUCCCUGAUCCAGAUGUUAAUGCGUUUGUAUUGGAGUUUGUUAAUCAAUAUUGGGAAACUUUGUACAAACAAAUUUUGCCGCAAGUUAAAUCGGCGUGGGAGCCAAUCACUUUGGGAUAUGUGAACAAGAUUUUUGGAAGAAUUCCCUUCAGAAGAUUAUUUCCCAAAGAAGAUGAAAUUGUUGUGAACAAAGAAUCUGCUGCAACUUAAAGAUAUCGAAAAGUGAAAUUCCGAAAUGAAGAUUUAUUAAAAUCUUUUUUUACAAACAUUUUUUAAUAAAGGUCAAUACAAUUAUCGAAAAUGAUUCCAUCUAAGUGAUGUUAUGGAAAAUUUUCAAAAAGAAAUUUUAAAAUCGAAACAUUAGAAUAUGUUUCAC